GCUACUCCUGUGACACCUGCAGAUGGGUAUAUUUACCUGCGACGUGACUCAGGUUGCAUUUUCUGUUGGUGACCGAAGUAAUGGGAGUGUUUUGGGCCUUGCUUGUUUCUGUGCUGACUGUCUGGUUUACCAAAGGCUCUGGUUUGCCGGUUGGUGGCAAGAAUGAAAUGAGUGGUAAUGGGCAGCAGAGGACAAUGAGAGAUCUAUCUCCUAAUGACUCCUCCAUGAAGAAGGCCCUUACACUUCAGCAUUCACUUGAGUCUGUGUUGCUGAGGAAGUCUAAAGAAGUCCAACUGGAAACCAAUCAAGUGGAAGUGGCGACAUCAGCUGUCUACCUGCAUAUUGUUGAAAAGGCGCAGGGCGACAAGGGCAGCACAGGCCAGAACGGCACUCUGGACGAUGGCAGCACAGGCCAGAACGGCACUCUGGACGAUGGCAGCACAGGCCAGAACGGCACUCUGGACGAUGGCAGCACAGGCCAGAACGGCACUCUGGACGAUGGCAGCACAGGCCAGAACGGCACUCUGGACGAUGGCAGCACAGGCCAGAACGGCACUCUGGACGAUGGCAGCACAGGCCAGAACGGCACUCUGGACGAUGGCAGCACAGGCCAGAACGGCACCGUGAGCGACGACUCUGCAGGCCAGAACGGCACCGUGAGCGACGACUCUGCAGGCCAGAACGGCACCGUGAGCGACGACUCUGCAGGCCAAAACGGCACCGUGGGAGACGACAGCUACCCCAGCAGGAACAACGGCACCGUGGGCGACGAUGACUACGAAGUCCAAAAUGGCACAAAGGGCGACGACGCCGCAGGCGGCAACAACUGGACUCUGGCCGACGACGACUCUGCAGGCGGCAACAAUUGGACUCUGGCCGACGACGACUCUGCAGGCCAAAACGGCACCGUGGGAGACGACAGCUACCCCAGCAGGAACAACGGCACCGUGAGCGACGACUCUGCAGGCCAAAACGGCACUGUGGGAGACGACAGCUACCCCAGCAGGAACAACGGCACAGUGGGCGACGAUGACUACGAAGUCCAAAAUGGCACAAAGGGCGACGACGCCGCAGGCGGCAACAACUGGACUCUGGCCGACGACGACUCUGCAGGCCAAAACGGCACCGUGGGAGACGACAGCUACCCCAGCAGGAACAACGGCACCGUGAGCGACGACUCUGCAGGCCAAAACGGCACUGUGGGAGACGACAGCUACCCCAGCAGGAACAACGGCACAGUGGGCGACGAUGACUACGAAGUCCAAAAUGGCACAAAGGGCGACGACGCCGCAGGCGGCAACAACUGGACUCUGGCCGACGACGACUCUGCAGGCCAAAACGGCACCGUGAGCGACGACUCUGCAGGCCAAAACGGCACCGUGAGCGACGACUCUGCAGGCCAAAACGGCACCGUGAGCGACGACUCUGCAGGCCAAAACGGCACCGUGAGCGACGACUCUGCAGGCCAAAACGGCACCGUGAGCGACGACUCUGCAGGCCAAAACGGCACCGUGAGCGACGACUCUGCAGGCCAAAACGGCACCGUGAGCGACGACGCCGCAGGCGGCAACAACUGGACUCUGGCCGACGACUCUGCAGGCCAAAACGGCACCGUGGGCGACGACUCUGCAGGCCAAAACGGCACCGUGGGCGACGACUCUGCAGGCCAAAACGGCACCGUGGGCGACGACUCUGCAGGCCAAAACGGCACCGUGGGCGACGACUCUGCAGGCCAAAACGGCACCGUGGGCGACGACUCUGCAGGCCAAAACGGCACCGUGGGCGACGACUCUGCAGGCCAAACGGCACCGUGGGCGACGACUCUGUAGGGCA